GCAUGGAGCCGGGGAUUCGGAGGCGAUAUCAUGAAUGUUUCUAGCCCUCAAGGACAGUUUGGGUGUUUCUGCGAAGAUGUGGUAAGAUUGCAACCACGCCGUGUGACGCGUGUGAUAGUGGUUGUGGUUGAUCUCAUCAGGGAUGCGCUUUCAUGCGCGACCUCGAGCAGCAGGGGGUGAGCAGGCGAAUGCAAUAACACAGAAACGGGAUUUGGUUUGCUUGUCGUUUUUGCGUGUGCAGAUGUCGGGCGUCGCCGCUCACUUUCGUCUUCUUCACACUGCUCACAGGGAGUUUCAGUCCCAGUUGCAGUCACUCAAGCACGAGAAUGCCGUACUUAAGCAGGAAGUGGUGCAUCUUAAGAAGGUCAGACAGACAACCGCCCAGACACGAACACACGGGCCUGGUGAGCAAGCGGCUCAGUUGCUCGUUGUCCUGUGUACUGGGUCAUGCUGUGCCACCAGAGUUUGACUAGCGCAUCAUCUAGCGCUCGCGGCUCUCUGGCCGAUCGCAAUCCCCUUCCCCCUCCCCUCCCUCCACCGCACCCCACCCCUCCCCCACACCCAUCGUCGCCAUCGCGCCUGUUCGCAGGCCGAUCUCAGGGCAAGAGGAGCAUCGCUGACGAGGAGGCCGCCAAGGCGCUCCCCGCAGCAGCCGACGAUGAAGUGCAGGAGAUCACCCCACCCUCGCCCAAGCGGCCGCGGACGGAUGGCGGUGGGGGGCAGGGAUACCUGGGCGCUGAGCAGAUCGACGACGAUGACGAUGACGAGAUGACGAUGCGGCCGGCCAUCGACGAUGAGAUCACCAUGCGACCGCAGGCAGCCGUCGAACCGCAGCUGCAACCUGCUGACAAGGAGGAGCGGGAGGGACAGCGAGAGGCACCGGGGGAGGGAGAGGGAGAGGGGGAGGGUGGCGUCAAUCACGAGGCGCCGGCAUGUGUGGCCAUGGACGUGGACCAGCAGCCAUCCACGCCUGUCCGCGAGCCGCCCAAGACAGACGAUGACCGUGACGACGGCUCAGGGUCUCAGACGCAGCAGCCAGCACAGCCCGUCCCCCCACCGGCCCCCAACACCCAAGCCCGCGAGCAGCGCCAGCAGCAGCCGGCAAAAGGGGGAGGGGACAAGGAGGCCAGCGGUGGCUCCUCACUGGAGGAGCUGCGUGUGUGGGCGAAGGCCGAGGCGGGGAGGGCCAGGAAGCUCAUCAACGAUGGCAGGCAUGACGAGGGGCUGGCCGCGGUUGACGCUAUGCUAUCGAAAGUCGGCUACCAGCAGGACGGCAGUACGCAGACACACACACACACACACGCAUCUGCAACUGGGCUGCAGGAGGCCAUCCACUCUCGUCUCUGUCUUUGUGUGUGUGUUGGGCGCAUUGUUUUCAGCUCUCAAUGGCAUUCUUGGGAUGGCCAACAGCAACAAGGCUGCUGUUCUCACACUGAAAGGCCAAUUUGAGGCCGCCCUACAGGUAUGCAAUCAGCAUUUCAGAUGGACGAGAGGGCCAUCCCCUCAUUAUGUGUGCGGUUGGCUGAUACGGUCCCCGUAGGCGGCGAACCUGAGUGUUGCUCUGUGUCCCGGCUGGCCGAAGGGCAGGCUGAUCCGUGGCAACGUCUACCGCAAGCAGGGCAACCUCGAAGCCGCCACAGCGGAGUAUCACGCCAUCAUCGCAAUGGUCACACACAGCACGACACAACACAAAGAUACUCACACCGACCGAGACGCAUCGACAGCAGCUCUCGUUUCUUUUGCUCUCCUUCUUUGCUGUGCACUCAGGAGGAGAAUUUCAGCGGGUCGGCUGAAGAUGCUCGCAAGGCCAAGGAAGACGCCCGGCAGAAUCUGUCCAGAAUCGCGGCCGCAAAACCACCACCCCGACCCCCUCAUCCCGGCAAGACUGAGAGACCCCUUUAUAAUAUCUAGGCCACUCAUGAGUGCGUCAUUAUUACUGUGUGUGCCAUGCUGUGUGUAGGGAAGAAGAGCGCACCGGCGCACACACCAACACCAGCAGGCUCGGCAGCCCAGGGGCAGCGCAAAGGCAACGGCGUGCGGACCAAGAGCGAGCCCAAGGCAGCAGCAGCAGCAGCAGCGGUAGCAGCAUCGGCUGCGGUCAAGAGGGAGAGUGAGGCGGAGGGGGGGAAGGUUGAGAGAGGGGGAAGGGACCAGGGGCUGCUUGUGUGGAGCGGGAAGGUGUGUCGUGAGCAGUGUCCAUACUCGGCGAUUCGAGCCGUCAGCUCCGUCGUCGAACGGACUGUCAGGUACAAAAAAAGACGCCGGCCGCAGAGAGAAGGAGGCCUGCCCGGUGACCGCUUGUUUGCUUAUCCCAUCCCAUUCAUGGUCAGAGUGAUGCGUCUGCAGCGUGGCAGCCCCAUGUACAACACCGUCAAGGCCAUCGUGGACGACCGCCGCCUCACUGAGAUGCGCAUCACGCGCUACCCGGCGGACACGAGCAGCGGCACCCCCACCCUGCUUCUGGUGCGAGGGCAGGUGUGUGUGGGCCGGGGCGGCAAUGGCGAGAAGUUGGAGGUGGAGAUCAGACUGCCUGAGGUGGGGGAGGGGGAAGACUCGCAGAGUGAGGGCACCGAGGAGGCGGCCGCCAAGUUCGUCAAGACCAAAUGCACAUGCCCUCUCGGUGAGUGAGAGGGUGCAAGAAACAAACAAGCAACACGGCGAUGCGAUAAUCGAUCUGUCGUGUGUGUGCCCGUCUCGUCUCGUCUUGUGUAUGCCAUGCCAUGUCUGACAGGUCGUUCUCCUGGGAUGGGUAUGUGUCAGCACGUCUCUGCGCUGGUGCUGUGGCUGCGGGAGUGCCUGCGGGCGCCAUUCGCCAACGGCAGCCACGCCAACGGACGACAGAUCACACUCAACCCCGCUGACGAAAGACGGGCGAUCGAAGAGGUAGGUGGCCUGGCUGAGCCAGGCCACCUACAUGGAUUACAGUACACACACCGACGACGUGUUUGGAUGUGUCUGGGUGUGGUGUGGUGUGGUGUCUGUCAGGCCAAGGGUCGUCUCUCUCGCCGCACUGUGGAAGAACUCAAGACGUUGCUCAGGUGAGAUGCGAUGCCGACAUGACAUCCACGCAGCAGACCAGACCGACGUUUGGGCCCACGUGUAGUGUAGUGUGCUGCACUGACCUGACCUCAUCUGGUUUGUCUGGGUGCGUCUUGUCGUCCCAUCCAUCCACAGGUUGAAUAACCAGUCCGUGACUGGCGACAAGGCUCAGUUGGUCGCCCGAGCGGCCGACAGGGAGGUGCGAGGGUACGGACGGACGGACCGACGCACCGACGAACCGACACAACACAAACACAACCACAACCGCACCGAACGAACACCUUGCAGACUCGUCCAUUGGCCUUUUCUUGUCGGUCAGUGCCAUCCCGAAGUGUCCCAAGUGUAAGGCCUACUACCUGCGCUACCGAGAACCCGACAGAGGUCCAAAUCGACACACUCACAGUGUCACGGAGAGUCCGCCCCACGUAUCCUAUCCCCCUUUGUGAUUGCAGGUUCGGGCACUCAGGGGGUCUACUACUGCCCCGGCCGGCCUCAGUACGAUGAAGAUUUCUGCGGCUAUGAGUCGAGUGACGUGCAGAGGAUCCCGUGGAGACUCUCGUGACGGCCGACCGACCGACCGACAGAGAGACAGACAGACAGACAGACAUCGACGGAGAGACAGAUGGAUGAGUCACAGUUCUGCCCAUGCCGUGCCGUAUGCCAGCCCGCACUUCCUUCCUGGGUUGGGUGUUGUGUUGGGUGAGCGACAUGACAUUCUGUGUGCACCACCAAUGGAAUGCAUGUACAGUAAGUACAUACCAAUGCUCAUGCUUCAUUAUGCUGCGUGGCGUGG